AUGGCGGCAGACGAGGCUGCCGUAGCCUCAAGGCAGGCCCAGCCGAAACAAGGGCCAACACUUCUCCCGUCGCCCGUCGCCCACGCCGUGAGCCUCGCCGCUCGAUCGACGUCGCUUGCCAUACGCAUUGGAUCGGUGGUCAGCAAUGCCAGCCUCGAUGCUGCUAGACUCACAACCCUUGGUGGCCUCGAGCUGGCCCGGGGCUUGAUCGAAGGCGUAAUAAGCCGAGCUGCCAAAGAUACCAUCGAACAAUCGCGAACCGAUCUGGCCAUUCAAGAUGCAGAGACGGUCCUGGAGCGCAGCCUCGAGAACCUGCAUUACGCUGUUACUCAGGCCGUUUUCUGGACGUCGGUCAGCUUUCGACUCACAGGGACAACCAUAUCCACGGCUUCCGCAGGCUCGCAGCUUCUCCUUUCGUCCUUCGAUCAGCUCUUCGGCUCAACUGACUCUUCCCGAGCUGUUGCCAGCAUUGUCACGCUGAUCCGCCGCGAGUUUGAGAAUCCCGCAACGGGCCUCCAAGGAGAGAAAGUUGGUGUCAUUGACCUGACUCUUGCCCUCAGCACGCUGGCCUAUCUACAGCGGGCAUGCCGCAAGACGGCCGAAGAAGAGCGCCGGAGACAGUCAUAUGAAGAAAUCAUCUGGGAUGUGGUUGUCCUAGAAGAUGGAGACAGAGUGGAUAUCGAUGAAAAGGUGUUGAGCGAGAUUCGCGGCGGCUACGGCAACACGGACAAGGACGACUCUUCAUCGUCGCCCCCCGGUAGUCCCUGGACCGGCACUGAAGACGAUGAGGCUGUUGUAUCUCGACUGAAAAGUCAGAUCAUGGCCUCUCUGACUCCGGGCACCACGGUAUCGGUUUCCAACUCCGUGUCUUCAGUGCAGACGAUCACUGUCGAUGUCCAAGGACCUCGGCUGCUCUCCCUACCAACACCUCCAGGCGCUGAGAUCGUUGAGACAAAAGCUCUUGGGAGCCAGCUAUCAUAUACAUCGUCGAGUCAAAAAGACCAAUCUUCAACAUCAUCCUACCGAGUCGUCUACAAGCUGCACCGCCAAAAGAAGGAAACUUCCUCUUUCUCAGGCGACGAGGAAUACAAAGAUGAGGCCCUCGAGAUCAUGACGGACAACCAGAGCUGCAGCAGCAGUGAAGAGACUCUUGCUCCAGGGACGCCUACUAUUACUCUUCCUGAAUACCAAUCCCCUCCGGUAUCACCAGCCCUGCUGCCGUCCUCAACUUUUGCGUUACCCUCACAGCCAUCUACUUCGACUGAAACCAAACGACGCCACAAAUCGCAUUCUCAUGAUUUCAAGAAGCCAACACAGUCGAGUUCUCGCAAAAACAAUGCCGAUUCUGCGAAGGCAGUUUCUUCUCGCAAUUCCACGAUUGCCUCGAAAGAGCCAAUAUAUCUCGAAGAUCUGGAGGCCUUGGCCAACCAGAAGAAGCAACGCACACCAAUGCACAGUAAAUCUCACGAUACGUCACAUAAGCAUGGUCACUCUGGGAGAAAAAGUGAGGGAGGGAGUUCCUCUCGAUCAUCGGAUAAGAAGACAGGCUUAAGGCAUGUCCUCCGAGGGAACGGCCCGUCCAUCGCAUCCAUCUGGACGAAGGAUUCCGGCACGACGGACUACAUCAGUUCCAAAGACAAGUCAAGGCUCCACAAAUCGUCUCACAGAGAUGCGAAAGAACACCGACCAAGAUCUCCAAACAGCGACUUGGUGUUACGCUCGCCCCCUGAGCACCACAGCAUCUACCUUGUGCCCCCCUCUGUUGGCCACAACCGAAACCGGUCGUAUGCCACCAGCAUUUAUAGCGUGGGAACCAACGAUUCGCAGUCGUCCCUGAUGCUAUCGUCAUACUAUCAGAAGAGUUCCUAUAACACAGCAGACGCUCUCCGUGCUCUCCGCGAAGAAGGAUUCGUCGACGGUACCUUUCCCGAGGGUCACCUGCUCCCCAACAUAACUCGCUAUAUGCGGUUCUCAUCGGCGUGCUACGGCUCCCACUUUCUGAAACUUACCGGUAUAUCCAACGAAGUACCAAAGGUUGGCGCCUGGGAUGGCACUCACCACGAUAUCCGGCAUUUCCUUCACCACACCGAGUCAGAAGCCGACAACAUCCUGCUCGCUUCCUUUGUCGACCCCAAUGGAGGGAGCGAUUCUUCUGGUCACACCGGGUCCGGUGUUCCUCUUGUCCAUUAUAUCUCGCUCGACCACGCAGCCAAAGCCGUCGUGUUAGCUUGCAGAGGUACGCUAGGAUUCGAAGACGUCCUGGCUGACUUGACAUGCGACUAUGACAGGCUCGUCUGGAGAGGCAAGGGCUACAGAGUGCACAAGGGCAUCCACGCCUCUGCCCGGAGACUGCUGUACGGUGGCGAUGGCCGUGUUUUGACGACGCUUAAAGAGGCUUUGCGCGAGUUUCCCGAUUAUGGACUUGUUCUAUGCGGGCAUUCUCUGGGAGCCGGUGUCACGUCUUUACUAGGAAUCAUGUUGUCCGAGCCUAACCCCCUUGGCCCUGGCUUCGUCACUUCUGCUGAACCAUACACUCUCAGGCCUCCGCCAAACGAGGCUCUGGUCAAUGUUAGGCUGAGCGACAUCCGGCCUCCGUCCGGUCGCCGCAUACAUGUGUAUGCAUAUGGCCCCCCUGCCGUCAUGUCGUCGUCUCUACGCAAGAUUACUCGAGGCCUCAUUACCACAGUCGUUCAUGGUAAUGACUUGGUGCCUCAUCUGUCCUUGGGUCUACUCCACGACUUUCAAGGUGUUGCUCUCGCCUUCAAACAUGAUGAGAACAAGACCAAAUCUGAAAUCCGCCAACGGAUUUGGAAUGCUCUUCAAGACAAUGUCUCAGAAAGAUGGUAUCCUUAUCGCAGCGCGAGCAAGGUCGCGAGCAGUGGAGGCGUCAGUGACGAGGAGAGAUGGAUGCUUCCGGCGCUGGAGAACCUGAGGGCGGCCAUGAAGGGGAAGAAGUUGCUUCCACCGGGCGAGGUGUUUACCAUUGAGACGCAGCGUGUCCUUCGCAGAGAUGCCUUCCUUAUGUUGGACGAGGAGCAUUUUGGGCGGCCUGCGCAGAGAAUUGUGCUGAAGUACAUCAAAGAUGUCGAGGGCCGCUUUGGAGAGGUGCGGUUUGGUACGAGCAUGUUGACGGAUCACAGUCCGGCAAAGUACGAAGAUGCUCUGAACAAGUUGAGAGUUGGAGUCUCGACUUAG